AUGGCGUCGGAAGAUUCCGCGCCUUCAUCACCGGCAUCCGACCUGCACACGGGAGGCUCUGAAAGACCCCCAUGGAUGGACCUCCUGAGAGCUCUGCCCACAAAGGAAGACCUCCGCUCGGCCACCUCAGAGCUGGGAGCUACAAUAAGGCAAGACAUUCAGGCACUGAGGGCUGACAAACUGCAUGAGCCACGUGACAGCCUGAGAAAGGCCCAGAACACACUAGCUGAGGCUGCAGAAACCUCCUCAGAACAGGUACGUCGCAUGUCCCUACACAUUGAGGACUUGGACAACAAUAAAUUAAGGCUGCGCGGCCUCCCUGAAACUGAGGACUCCCCCCAGCAACUACAGGAAACUAGACCGUGA